AAUGUGUACCUCCCAGGUCUACCAUAACAUUACUUUUGACUUUUGUUACUUUUCUCUUUUAGUCAGCGUUUCAAUUUGACACCAUAAGCACAGAUAUAUUAUUGCUCUGACUUGGCCGAGGAGCAGUGACGGCAGCAGCGUCGGUACGUCCCACCUGAGCUGUGCGAUACUUUGUACACAUACAAGAUGGCAGCUUCAUUGGAAGACGAAUUUGAAGAUGCGCCUGAUGUGGAGCCGUUAGAACCGACACUGAAGAAUAUCAUCGAGCAGAAAUCUUUGAAAUGGAUAUUUGUGGGUGGAAAGGGUGGUGUUGGUAAAACGACAUGUAGCUGUAGUUUGGCUGUCCAGCUUGCUGCUGUCAGGGAGAGUGUCCUCAUCAUCUCCACCGACCCCGCUCAUAACAUCUCUGAUGCUUUUGACCAGAAGUUCUCGAAGGUCCCUACUAAGGUCAAGGGCUAUGACAACCUCUUUGCAAUGGAGAUUGACCCAAGCCUGGGUGUGGCAGAGUUGCCUGAUGAGUUCUUUGAGGAGGACAACAUGCUCAGCAUGGGAAAGAAGAUGAUGCAGGAGGCCAUGAGUGCUUUCCCUGGCAUCGACGAGGCCAUGAGCUACGCCGAGGUCAUGAGGUUAGUGAAAGGAAUGAACUUCUCAGUGGUGGUCUUUGACACUGCCCCAACUGGUCACACACUGCGGCUGCUCAACUUUCCCACCAUUGUGGAGCGUGGCCUGGGGCGCCUCAUGCAGAUAAAGAACCAGAUCAGCCCUUUCAUCUCUCAGAUGUGCAACAUGCUCGGUCUGGGUGACAUGAACGCAGACCAGCUAGCCUCUAAGCUUGAGGAGACCCUACCAGUCAUCCGCUCAGUCAGUGAGCAGUUCAAAGAUCCUGAACAGACCACCUUCAUCUGUGUGUGCAUUGCUGAGUUCCUCUCCCUGUACGAGACGGAGCGGCUGAUCCAGGAGCUGGCCAAGUGCCGCAUCGACACACACAACAUCAUCGUCAACCAGCUUGUUUUCCCUGACUUAGAGAGGCCGUGUAAAAUGUGUGAAGCCCGCCAUAAAAUUCAGUCCAAGUAUUUAGACCAGAUGGAGGACCUUUACGAAGAUUUCCACAUAGUCAAGUUGCCGCUGCUGCCCCAUGAAGUUCGAGGUGCCGACAAGGUCAACACGUUCUCUAAGCAACUUCUGGAACCGUACAAACCCCCAAAUAAGUGAUCUGCCUUCCCACAGGACCUCCCUUCUCCCUCCUACUGACCACAUCUAUACAGUCUGAACUCUCCUCCUCUAAGCUCCCCCCCAGCCAGCCUCAAACCCUGCUGUAAUGGCCUCAAAUUGAUCCACUCAGUCCUCAGCCUGUCAUCCAAUGCAGAGCACUGCUACAGCCACACCCUUACUGGAGGGGAGCUAUGAUAUCACAAACACACACAUACAUAACCUGCUUAGAGAGAUAAAACAGGACAUAUUUGUACUGCUUUACUCUCCAUUCACCUUCUCCUUCCUUCAUUUCCUCUGUGUGGCAGAUGUACAAUUCCGACUUAAAGCAUUUAACGUUCUCUCUUCAGAAGCCUCCUCCUCCUUCAUCCUGUGCAGUGUCCAGCCUCAGUUGUAAAAACAAAGUGUUUCCAGUGAUGGUGCCGUGUAUUCCAGGAUGAAACGGCUUUCGGGUGGUUGAUGUUCUUUGCCUCAUUUUAUUCUGUGUGGUCUGGUGGCUGUGUCUGUUCCCCAGUUUGACUCUUGACUAAAAGUUUACUUAAAUUCACCUCUCACAUUGGGAAUUUCAAAAUCUCAGCACAUUCAGGGUGUGAUGACAGGGCAAUGAAAAAAGACAACUGCCUUUAAAAAAUGCAAUAUGGUCUGUGGGCUUCAGUAAAUUUUUGGUUUUGACCAAGCCCAUCCUUGAUAUUGCAAUAAAGAAAACCAGAGGAGUCUGUA